ACAAAUCAUAAAACAAAAAAAAAACCACCAGCAUUGCCUUGAAUAAUUGGAUCAUCAUCUGAGAUGCUAAUGGUGAUGCAUGCCUGAAGGUGCAAUUCGGCCUGGAACUGCUCGAUUUUCGGAUCCAUGGAGGCGAUCGAGGAGCUACAGCAGCUCGCCGAUUUGAUGCGCCAAGGCGGGGCUCUGCUCGCCAACGAAGACGUCGAAGCCGCCGUGUCUUCAUCGUCCAAGCGGCCUUCCACCUUCCUCAACGCAGUUGCUCUCGGCUGCACGGGUGCCGGUAAAUCAGCUGUGCUGAACAGUGUAAUUGGACAUCCAGUUUUGCCAACCGGAGAAGGUGGAGCUACGCGCGCUUCGGUUUGUGUUGAAUUGAAAAGGGACAGUUCCUUAAGCAGUAAAGUACUUGUUUUGCAGAUUGAAAGCAAAUCACAAGAAGUCUCUGCAAGUUCUCUUCGCCGCUCUUUGCAAGAGAGAUUUGGCAAAGGAUCGAGCAAGAAUCGCGAUGAGAUGUAUUUGAAGCUUAAAAACAGUACCGCUCCACCAUUAAAAUUAAUUGAUUUACCGGGAGUAGACAAAGGGCGUCUUGAUAGUUCAGCAAGUCAGUAUGUUGAGCAUAGUGAUGCAAUAUUACUUGUCAUAUUACCUGCAUCUCAGGCACCAGAAGUUUCCUCGUAUAAAGCACUUAGAAUUGCAAAGGAGAAUGAUGGAGAAUCUACUAGAACCAUUGGUGUAAUCAGCAAGAUAGAUCAGGCAGCUUCAGAUCCAAAGAUUCUUGCAGCUGUCCAGGCUCUUCUGCUUAACCAAGGACCACCCAGCACGUGUGAUAUUCCAUGGGUUGCUUUGAUUGGUCAAUCUGUUUCAAUAGCCUCAGCCCAAUCAGGCAAUGUUGGGGAUGAUUCUUUAGAAACAGCUUGGAGGGCUGAGAGUGAGAGUCUUAAAUCUAUUUUGCCUGGGGCUCCUCAGAGUAAGCUUGGUAGAUUAGCCUUAGUGGAAAGUCUUGCUCAACAGAUCCGCAAUCGCAUGAAACUUCGGCUACCAAACCUCCUCUCAGGGCUUCAGGAUAUGUCUCAAUCAGUAAAUGAUGAAUUGGUAAAGCUUGGCGGACUGGUUCAAAGUGCUGAAGGUACAAGAGCUUUAGCUCUGGAGCUUUGUCGUGAAUUUGAAGAUGAAUUUCUCCAACAUCUUACAAGUGGUGAGGGUAGUGGAUGGAAAGUUGUUGCAAGUUUCGAAGGAAACUUCCCAAACAGGAUCAAGCAUCUUCCCUUGGAUAGACAUUUUGACCUUAAAAAUGUGAAGCGUAUUGUAUUAGAGGCUGAUGGAUAUCAACCUUACCUUAUAUCGCCAGAGAAAGGGUUAAGGUCUUUAAUAAAGACUGUACUUGAGAUGGCAAAAGAACCUUCAGAACUCUGUGUCGAUGAGGUGCACCGGGUACUUUCUGACCUUGUCUUAGCAGCUGCAAAUGGUACACCAGGUCUAGGAAGAUAUCCUCCUUUCAAGAGAGAGGUUGUUGCUAUUGCAACUGCUGCCUUAGAAAAUUUUAAGAAUGAAGCAAAGCAUAUGGUUGUUGCACUUGUUGACAUGGAGCGUGCAUUUGUUCCCCCACAACACUUCAUUCGAUUAGUGCAGAGGCGGAUGGAUAGGUACAGACGAGACGAAGAUCACAGAAGUCGAUCUUCUAAAAAGGCAUCUGAGGCAGAGUCCUCUAUAUUGAAUAGGGCAACCAGUCCUCAACCUGGUGGAAGCUUGAAAUUAAUGAAGGAUAAGCCUAGUCAGCAAGAUAAAGACGUACCAGAAGGUCCGGUCUUGAAAACUGCAGGGCCAGAAAGUGAAAUUAUAGCAGGAUUUCUAUUAAAGAAAAGUGCUAAAGCUAAUAGCUGGACUAAGAGAUGGUUUGUAUUAAAUGAAAAAAGUGGAAAGUUAGGAUACACCAAAAGACAGGAGGACAGGCAUUUCCGUGGUGUCAUCAAUUUGGAGGAAUGUAACCUUGAAGACAUGUCUGAGGAAGAAGAAUCAUCAUCCUCCAAGAGUUCCAAGGACAAAAAGGAAUAUUCCAAUGCAUUCAAAAUUACGAGCCGGGUUCAAUACAAGACUGUUCUUAAAGCACAUAGUUUUGUGAUUUUGAAGGCAGAUACUACGGCAGAGAAGGCAGAAUGGGUAAACAAGUUGAAAAAUGUCAUAAGUUCUAAGGGAGGCCAGGUGAAGGCAGAAACUGGUUUUUCCAUGCGGCAAAGUUUUUCGGAUGGUUCAAUUGAUACAAUGGCUAGGAAACCUCUGGACCCAGAAGAAGAACUCCGUUGGAUGGCUCAGGAAGUACGUGGAUACGUUGAAGCCGUUCUCAACAGUCUUGCAGCCAAUGUCCCUAAAGCAGUUGUUCUCUGUCAAGUCGAAAAGGCCAGAGAAGACAUGCUUAACAAGUUGUAUAUUUCUAUCAGUGGACAGAGUUUGUCAAGGAUUGAAGAACUACUGAUGGAAGACCAAAAUGUAAAGCGUAGGCGGGAGGGGUGUCAGAAAAAAUCCUCUCUUCUUUCUGAGAUUACUCGAAAACUAAAUACGCUCGACAACCGGGCAACAAGUGCUUCAACCUUCUCUGAGUAUGAUGGACCUGAAAGAGCAAACGAUUCGUCAACAGAUGAGUGGACAUCUGCAUUUGAUGCUAAUUCUGGUGAUUCAACAUCCAGGGGACGCCGGGCACCUUCUCGGCUGCCCCCUGCCCCGCCCGAUUCUUCAUCAUCUGCCUUCAAAUAUUAGAAGUAGACUAAUAUCACAGAGCAUAUAUAACAACAGGAGCGACUAUAGGUUUUUGACCAUCCCUGCAAUUGAUUGUCAUUCAAUUUUCUACAUUGCACAUUUGUGUUUUUUAAAUCUUGGUUUUCUGACCAAUAUAUUGAUUUGAACUUGUCCCAGAAAGUAAAAGAUCUGAAUUUGU